UGCACCCGAAUGACAAUGUUGUAACACCAUACAACAGCGUCACCUUGCAGGUAAAGACAGAACUGCAGUUUCCUGAUGCGCAGAAACAUGCGCAGAAGACCGAAGUGACGUGGCCGGCGAGUGUUGGCAUGAAAAGUCGUCUUUAGCGAUCAUCGUAAGAUUUGAGCCGAAUUCCAAGAUGCUAGGACUACGAAGAGACAAGAAAGACGAAGAGGAUGGGUUCUCCCUCAACCCCUUCAACAACCUGGAGAAGACGUCAGUCCUCCAGGAGGCACGUACCUUCAACGAGACUCCCAUCAACCCCAGGAAGUGCUGCCACAUCCUCACCAAAGUGCUGUACCUCAUCAACCAGGGAGAGCACAUUGCGACCACGGAGGCCACGGAGACGUUCUUCGCCAUGACGAAACUGUUCCAGUCUCAGGACGUGACUCUGCGCCGCAUGGUGUACCUCACCAUCAAGGAGAUGGCAGACAUCGCUGAGGACGUCAUCAUCGUCACUAGCAGUCUAACCAAGGACAUGACAGGGAAGGAGGACAUGUACCGUGCAGCUGCCAUCAGGGCUCUCUGUAGGAUCACUGAUAGCACCAUGUUACAGAGUAUUGAGCGGUACAUGAAGCAGGCCAUUGUGGACAGGAACCCCUCCGUGUCCAGUGCAGCCCUCACCUCCAGUCUGCACCUGAUGCGGUCCAGUGGAGACGUGGUGAAACGUUGGGUGAACGAAGCCACUGAAGCUGCCUCUAGUGACAACAUCAUGGUCCAGUACCAUGCUGUGGGAGUGCUGUACCACAUCAAGAAGACUGACCGCCUGGGAGUGUCCAAGCUGGUCAGCAAGUUCACCAAGCAGUCGCUACGGUCACCAUACGCCUACUGCCUACUGAUUCGCAUUGCGACCAAACUGUUGGAGGAAGAGUCUGAGGGGCGAGACAGCCCGCUGUUCGACUUCAUCGAGACCUGUCUGCGCCACAAGAGCGAGCUGGUGAUCUACGAGGCCGCCCAUGCCAUCGUGAACAUGCCAAACACCAGCGCUCGGGAACUGGCUCCAGCUAUCUCUGUGUUGCAGUUGUUCUGCAGUUCUCCCAAACCCACCCUGCGGUUUGCUGCGGUCAGGACACUGAACAAAGUUGCGAUGAAACACCCCGCAGCUGUGGCAGCCUGUAACCUGGACUUGGAGAACCUGAUCACUGAUGUGAACCGUAGUAUCGCUACUCUGGCCAUCACUACUCUACUCAAGACGGGUAGUGAGAGCAGUGUGGACCGACUGAUGAAGCAGAUCUCCACCUUCAUGUCGGAGAUCUCUGAUGAGUUCAAGAUCGUUGUGGUACAGGCCAUCAGAUCCCUGUGUCUGAAGUUCCCCAGGAAACAUGGUGUGCUGAUGAGCUUCCUGGCCUCCAUGCUGAGGGAUGAGAACUCCUCCAAUUCCUCGCAGGGCGGCUUCGAUUACAAGCGGGCGAUCGUGGACUCGCUCAUCGGGAUAAUCGAGGAGAACCCAGAAGCGAAGGAGGCGGGGUUGGCCCACCUGUGCGAGUUUAUAGAGGACUGUGAACAUACCGUGCUGGCUACCAGGAUCCUGCACCUGCUGGGGAGAGAGGGACCCCGCACACCCUCACCUUCCAAGUAUAUCCGCUUCAUCUACAACAGGGUGAUACUGGAGAACGCUGCUGUACGCGCAGCUGCUGUGAGUGCCCUUGCCAAGUUUGGAGCCCACUGUGAGGAACUCAUGCCCAGUGUGGUGGUACUCCUAUCACGUUCCCUGUUGGACACUGAUGAUGAGGUGAGAGACAGAGCCACCUUCUAUCUGAACGUGCUGAAACAGAGCAACAAGGCUCUCAACUCUGCUUACAUCCUCAAUGGUCUGAAUGUGUCUGUAGUGGGCCUGGAGCGAGCUCUCCACUCCUACACACAGGAGCCCUCCGAGACACAGUUUGACAUGAAGAGUGUACCACUGGCCACUCAGCCGCUGGCAGAACAGAAAGCAGGGGCACGCAUAUUUGGUGCAGAGGGUCUACAUGGAGCGGAGGUCACUCCAGCAGCCAAGGCACCAGACAAAGUGGCUGCUACUCGACAGGACAUCUACGCAGAACAACUUGCAGCCAUCCCAGAGUUCCAAGGCCUGGGUCCGCUCUUCAAGUCGUCCGCAGCGGUGCAGCUUACGGAGUCGGAGACGGAGUACGUCGUCAGAUGUAUCAAACACACCUUCACCAACCACAUCGUGUUCCAGUUUGACUGUACAAACACACUGAACGACCAGAUCCUGGAGAACGUGACAGUACAGAUGGAGCCGACGGAAGGGUUCGAGGUCCUGUCGUACGUCCCCGCGGCCUCGCUACCGUACGGACAGCCCGGUAUCACCUACACCUGUGUGACAUUGCCCGAAGACGACCCCACUUCAGUUAUUGGAACAUUCAGCAACACCCUGAAGUUCUUAGUGAAGGACUGCGACCCAAACACAGGAGAACCUGAUGAGGAGGGGUAUGAAGACGAGUAUGUGUUAGAAGAUGUGGAGGUGACCAUAGCAGAUCACAUCCAGAAGGUGCUGAAACCCAACUUCGCAGCCUCCUGGGAUGAAGUCGGGGAGGACUAUCAGAUGGAGGACACAUACGCACUGUCUACUGUCAAAACUUUGGAAGAUGCGGUGAAAAACAUCGUGGACCACAUGGGCAUGCAGCCGUGCGAGCGGUCCGACAAAGUGCCAGCGGACAAGAGCGCCCACACGCUGUUCCUCGCUGGAGUUUACCGGGGCGGCCACGACGUCCUGGUCCGGGCGCGACUGGCGGUGGACGACGGAGUCACCAUGCAGAUUACGGUCCGCAGCACGGAUGAAACCGCCGCAGAAGUUAUCUCCGCUAGCGUAGGGUAGAGUUCACAUUGAAUGGAACUUGGAUUAUAUUUGUUAUGUAUGGUGGGCUUGGGAUUCGGAAACUCACAAAAAAAUUCUUUACAACUAGCACGAACGAUCAUCUGUAUUGAUACAUACUUUACAACUAGCAUGAACGAUUAUCUGUAUUGAUACAUACUUUACAACUAGCAUGAACGAGCAUCUGUAUUGAUACAUUAAAGCAUUAUGGAUAUUCUGAAGGAUAUAACUUUGUUCCAACAGAACAAGAGUUGUUACUCGCCAAGUUUCCGAGCAGUCGUCUGUUCUAAAUUUGGUGAGCGUACUGUUGUUGUGUCGAAACAUACAUGUACAUGUAGUUCAUUGCUCUUUAAUAAGUGUUCACAGCAUUCUUUGUACCAGAAAAAAAAAUACAGUACCACAAAACUCUUUUGGAAAUGAAAAGGAAAGACCAUGAAGAAUAUAUAGUAACACGAAGGAUAAAAAUUAUACUUACACCUUCUAUCUGCUUUUAGGUACAUGUAUGCGAAGGUUCCAUCUUCCAACUGCUUUGUAGACCAUAAAACUUUACCAUACCAACAGUCUUGAAUUUAAAGGUCUACUGUAUGUCAGUGUGUAUUCAUUCAGCAAGAUUGUCAGGAAUACAGUACAUGUAUGUUGAAGAAGAAAAGACCAUCUGAAUAGUAGACAUUUAAUGAUUUCUUAACACUGGACAACAAGAAAAUGUUAAUAUCUAGAUACAAUAUCAAGCAAAUUAAAGCUCUAUUAAGAACACUCAUUGACUCAGAAAUAAAGCAUAAGUUUCCUCACUUUAUUUUUAGGGAAAACAGUUAGUGUGAACUGAUGUAUGAGACCUAUUCCAUCAGAAUAAAGAUGCUUUACAUAAAAGGUUUUGUCAUUGA